AGUGAGUGCAGGAGGAAGAGGAGCAAGAGGAGGAACGUGUGCUCAGCUCUCGGUUAACAAAGAGCCUGGACGCUGUGUGUGUGUCCGUGUGAGUGUGUGUGAGACUGUGUGUUGUGAUGUGUGAUGCAACCUUUCCUCGUUUGCACUUAUGAUAAAAAUACGUAUUUAUUUGUCGUAGCGUUAAAGUGGCCGCGCAUCGGACACACACUCGGAGCCUGUGAGGUGUUUGUACAUUUCCACUAGUUUGAGUCGGUCGCUGCUGAGAGAAGAUGUCCACCGACUGUCAGAAGACCACGGCCAAGGCCAUCCCGUCCACCCGGAGGGUGACGGUCAACGACGCGGAGCACAUGCCCCACGACUACUGCACCACCCCGGGAGGAACCCUGUUCAGCACGACCCCUGGAGGUACCCGGAUCAUCUAUGACCGGAAGUUCCUGCUGGAGCGUCGCAGCUCUCCGGUGGCCAAGACACCUCCGCGAGGUCUGCCCAACAUUCCAGGGGUGACCAGUCCUGCCACCAAAGACCCCAUCAAGAAAGAACUACUGAACAAUAAUGUUGCUUCACCUGAGAGCAGCCACACUGGUGACGACGCGCAGUUUGAAAUGGACAUCUAGGUGGAAUGAGUAUUAAGAUGCCAGACUAACCAUUGUGAUGCUGUGAAGAAAGGUUCCAGAGCACCUUCCCCUUUCCCAUCAUCCAUUCCAGGAAGACAAAGGUUCACCUUCAGUAUCCACAGCAUCUUAUGGUCUUCAAGUCUUCGUCAGUCUCGUUUACUCGUUUUGCCCAAAACAAAUGUGUAAUGAAACCAGGCCUCAAAGCUCAAACCUGAUUUACGUGUGACAACAAGUGUGCCUUCCUGUAGUGGCUACGAGUCUGAAACCAACACUGGGAAGUACUUAACACCAACAAAGCCUCAUCAUUUGUUACAGAGAGAAAAUAAUAAGAAUAAGAAUUUUUCUGAAUUUACGUGUAUUCCAGAAGGAGAAGUCCGUCACUUGAUGUGCUUUUAUUUCUACACAUUUCUUGACACCUCCCCUCAGAUGUUGCCUUGAUCAUUUUGAAGUUUCUCUAUAAGUUCAGGUACAGUUGGAUCAUGCUCUUAAGAAAAUGAAAAAGUACUUCACCUGAAGUGUCAUACAGAGAAUGUAAAAUAGAAUUUUGUUAAGGACAUUUUGAAACAGAUUUUCACACGGUUUGAAGAGUGAUUAAAAGCAUUAAAGGAAAAGCAAACAACA